CAUUUGAGCAUCACGAAGGGCACGACCAUUUAUUAGAAGAGUAACAAGGGAUAGCCAUCGCCUCUCUGCCUCACUUCUUCGUGCCUUGAUCCGUCCUACGAUCCGCACUCAUUCUCUCCUGCAACAGCGCGAGAAAUGGCCCCAAGCAACGAUGCCCACCACCUGGGCCCGCCCAAGCCCGCAGACCGGGUGCUCCUGAUCACCUAUCCCCGGACGGCCUCGAACCUCCUCGUCAGGAUGCUCUCGCUACCGGAUCAGCCCAACGUCGUCUCCAACGAGCGGGGCGGCUACUUCUUCUGGGACGCCUUCAUGAACGAGCGCGACACGGUCUGCAGCCGCCGGCCCGUCGAGCAGUGGGAGCCCUCCGAGACCGCGAACCUGCGGCAGGCCUUCCAGCAGAACCUCGACCACAUCGAAGCCAGCUCGCAGGCCGCCCUCACCCAAGGCAAGGUCUUCUUCGCCAAGGAGCACACCCUCUGGCUGGCCGAACCGGCCGCGAUGGCCCACUACCUGGCCACAGGCAGCCGCAGCCAUCAUCCCUCGAUGCGACUGGGCGUGCAGGUACCCAAACCAUACCUCGAUCCCCAACCCGGCAGCGGCAGCGCAGCAUUCUCCCCGGAAAAUUUCACCAUCCUCCCCGACGCAUACCUGGCCUCGUGGCGCGCGACCUUCCUCAUCCGCCAUCCGGCCCUGGUGUUUCCCUCCUUCUACCGCGCCCUGCACGGCCUGGAGAGGGAGAGCUUCUGCGAGCCGCGCAUGAUCGAGCCGUUCCUGGAGCUGCACGCCACGCUGCGCUGGACGAGGCUGUUGUAUGACUGGUACUGUGAUCGCGGGAACGCACGGCCUGCGUUGCCGCUGCUCCUCGACGCGCAGGAUGUCAUUCACCGUCCCGAGGUGGUCGCCAAGUACUGCGAGCUCAUCGGCUUGGAUCCGGAGAAGGUCCGCCUUCGCUGGAGUCAGUCGGAGCGGCGGUCGGGGGAGGAAGAGGAUCCUCGUGCCCGGGCGGAGGCGGUCAUGCUCGCGACGCUGGAUCAUUCCACUUCUCUGCUCAAGGAGAAGACUCCCACGUUCGUGGAUGUCGGGGCUGAGAGGGAGAAGUGGGAGCAUGAGUUUGGGGCAAGGGUGGCGGAGCAGAUGGAGAGGUGGGUCGAGGGUGCCAUGCCGGAUUAUGAGUACCUGUGGAUGAGGAGGUUGCGGGUGGAUUGAUGCUGCAUGGAGAGUAGUUGUUUGAGGCAGAAUGACACAAGACCCUUAUUGAAUCUGAGAUCAGACUAUCUUGUGGUUGAAAGAUCUAUCUCGAACUAGGAUUAACUUGCGUAUGAGGCUGGCAAGGUUGUGUUUCUUCCCCAGUUCAUCUCCUUAUCUCAACUGUUCUGCUUGAAGGCCAAAGUAAAAUGGUGCAUGUCUCCUAGAUCUCCUAGAUGGCGCAUCGCACACGCGUGCAACCAGAUGAAAACAUUAUGCAGUGCGAUGAAUUACGUUUGGAUCUUUAGGAG